CUGCCACUUAUGGUUUAAACUGGAACUGCAACAUUUUCGGCCACUAUCAUAAUUUACCGAAGCAACAUUGGAAAAAUGUUAAACAAUAAUUUUAUAUUUAAAUAAAAAUACAAUUUAACGUAAUAAAAAAAAUUAUCAGAGGAAAUAUCAAUUAUCCACUAGCCAUUUAUUACUACGAGCCAUUGAAGACUCACUACUGCCUCCUUUGAAUCAAAGUAGAACUACAACACUUCCGGUAACCUGCCAUGCUAGCAUAGUAGCAUCGUGGCUAAUCAGAGACACCUGGUGUUGACCAACAUUUUGUCAGGUUGGUCAGUAAGGUUUUCAUGCGUAGGCAUGAAAAUGAUUUUUUAAUAUCGAAAUUUAAGUAUUGAAGUCUGGAAAAUUAGUUGUUUUUUUUAUGGAGUGUGCUGAAUGCAGGUUCAACGUUGUUUUUUAUGGCGUAUGCUGAUGUGCAAGAUUACCGUAAAGGACGUCGUAAAGACAUUUGGAGAUCAUUUCAAAGGCUUGGCUGGCCCAGUUUGGGGUGAGGCUGAAGACCUGGGUCCAAUGACUCAUCCCAGAUCACUGCCUGUCUCAACAACCAAGGAGGAUCCUUGCUGAAGAACGGGAUCAUAGACCUACUUCAUGUGCGAAGUGCCGUGACAUAACUUUUGUUGUGAUUUGGCGCUACAUCAAUGGAAUCGAACUAAGGAUCGGAAAAAUGCGAGUCAAAAUCAAAUACUCCACUGCCUCACAUAUGACGAGAAAGGACAGGGAGAAGCGGCCGGGUCAUAAUGUGUAAUAUCACUUGGAUCUACUUCAGAGUUUUGGAGGGAAAGUUGCUGUUGCUAAGCGAGGAACAUUCCAAGUUUUUGCUUCUCCUCCCGUCCAUGCAGUUGUCAAACUGAUGCCGUCAAAGGGGAUGCUGCCAAAAGCCUGAUGUUUCCAUGACGAUGCGAAGGAAAACACUGCUUUCCUUAUGGAUAUGCCACCUCUGACCCGCUUCGCUACACAUCAUAAAAAAUCAAAGACCGCCGCUUCUGGAAACUAUCCGUGAGGCCGCUACACACGUGGGAGCCGGGUCCACAACCGCCGGGCCGGGGGCCGGUACCGGUACCUAGAUGGGGACCACCUUGUCUGGACGAAACAAGAUCAGGCCUCCCACUGAUUGAGCGGAUGGUGGAGGUUGGAGGGUGUCAUCACAUCGGAGAGGGGAUUAGAGGAGAGAGGUCGUCUUCUAGGAGCUGUGUGGUCCACCUCCUCUUGACUCUUCACCUCCUCUAUGAGCGGAGGGAACACUCGCCGGAUCCGCUGCCAGUUGACCUCGGGUUUGAUAGCCACACGGUGCAAGUGAAGUGGUCUGCCUGGACCUCAAUUCUACAUACUCCCGACCAUCCUCCAUGUCGUGUCUUCUGUUUGACAAAAUGCUGGUACAAUGGCUGUCCUGUUUGGCGCUGUUGUCCUUGGACUGGGCUCCGGGAUGCAUGGCAUACACCACCACCAGGGCACAAGGCCUCAGGGGUCGAAUCCAGAGAGACCGCAGGAACAUCCGCCCGAAUAUCAUCCUCAUCAUGACUGACGACCAGGAUGUUGAACUGGGCUCUCUCCAGGUGAUGAAUAAAACCCGCAAGAUCAUGGAGGAAGGAGGCACCUCCUUCACCAACGCCUUCGUCACCACACCCAUGUGCUGCCCGUCGCGCUCCUCCAUGCUGACGGGCAAGUACGUCCACAACCACAACACCUACACCAACAACGAGAACUGCUCGUCGCCCUCCUGGCAAGCUCAGCACGAACCGCGCUCCUUCGCCGUCUACCUCAACAACACCGGCUACAGGACAGCCUUUUUCGGCAAGUACCUCAACGAGUACAACGGCAGCUACAUCCCACCUGGGUGGCGUGAGUGGGUCGGAUUGAUCAAAAAUUCCCGCUUCUAUAAUUACACAGUCUGUCGGAAUGGUUACAAGGAGAAACACGGUGCAAAUUAUGCCAAGGACUAUUUCACCGAUCUGAUCACCAACGACAGUAUCAACUUUUUCCACAUGUCCAAAAGGAUGUACCCCCAUCGCCCCGUCAUGAUGGUCAUCAGCCACGCUGCUCCUCACGGCCCAGAGGACUCGGCACCGCAGUACGCUGAGUUUUUCCCCAAUGCGUCCCAGCACAUCACCCCGAGCUACAACUACGCCCCCAAUAUGGACAAGCACUGGAUCAUGCAGUACACAGGCCCGAUGAAACCAAUCCACAUGGAGUUCACCAAUUUCCUCCACCGGAAACGGCUUCAGACUCUCAUGUCUGUGGAUGACUCUGUUCAAAAGGUUUAUGAAAUGCUGGAGGAGACUGGAGAGCUGGACAACACGUACAUCAUUUAUACCGCUGAUCACGGCUACCACAUCGGUCAGUUUGGGCUGGUCAAAGGCAAAUCCAUGCCUUAUGACUUCGACAUCCGUGUGCCCUUCUUCCUGAGAGGACCCAAUGUGGAGCCAGGGGCAGUAAACCCUCAUCUGGUGCUGAACAUUGACCUGGCCCCCACCAUCCUUCACAUCGCCGGUCUGGACACGCCUCCAGACAUGGAUGGAAAGUCUAUCCUCAAGCUGCUGGAACAGGAAAGGACCGGCAAUAGAUUCAAACCCAACCGGAAACCCAAAGUCUGGAGGGAUACAUUCCUUGUUGAGCGAGGAAAGAUCCUGAGGAAGAAGGACGACUCUGUGAGCACGCAGCACUCGAACAGCCUGCCCAAAUACAUGAAGGUGAAAGAAACCUGCCAGCAAGCUGAAUUCCAGACGCCAUGUGAACAGCCGGGACAGAGGUGGCACUGCGUGGAGGAGAUCACGGGGAAGUGGAGGAUACAGAAGUGCAAAGGCGGCUCCAAGGAGGGACCCAGGAAGAGGGCUCGGAGUCUAAGGCCCCGCAGCAGCUACGAAGCCCACGAGAGAGGCUGCGACUGCGGGGACGCCGUCUACAAACCCUCCAGGAUGGAACGCCGCUCCCACCGGUCGUCAUCCUCUGGCCAGCGUUAUCGUCCACGUUUCGUCCACACGCGUCCCACCAGGUCUCUCUCGGUGGAAUUUGAGGGUCAGAUCUACGACGUGGACCUACAAGCGGAUGACCAGUCGGCCGUGCGUCACCGUGCCAUCUCCAAACGCCACUUCCCCUCAGACGACUUGGACUUUGACUCGGGUGCCGACGACGGUUCGGAGGAAAUGCUGGCAGACGACACCAACGCAGUGGGCUACCCCAAGUCCCUGAAGGUUACACACAAGUGUUAUAUCCUCAUGAACGACUCUGUCCACUGCGAGAGGGAAAUCUACCAGUCCUCCAGAGCCUGGAAAGACCACAAGAGCUACGUGGACCAGGAAAUUGAAGCGCUUCAAGACAAAAUAAAAAAUCUGCGAGAGGUCAGAGGGCACCUGAAGAGGACGCGACCUGAUGAUUGUGAUUGUGGGAAGAAAAGUUAUUACAGCAAAGGAGACAGAAACAAGGCAGAGAGGCUGAAGAACAGGAACGAUCAACUCCAUCCAUUUAAGGAGGCGACGCACGAGCUGGACGGGAAGACGCAGUUAUACAACGAAAUCCGAAGAAGGAAGAAGGAAAGGAAGGAGAAGAAGCGGCAAAGGAAAGGAGACGACUGCAGCCUUCCGGGCCUCACCUGCUUCACCCACAACAACGACCACUGGCAGACUGCCCCCUUCUGGACGUUGGGCGGGUUCUGCGCGUGCACCAGCUCCAACAACAACACCUACUGGUGCCUGAGGACCAUCAACGAGACCCACAACACGCUCUUCUGCGAGUUCUCCACCGGCUUCCUGGAGUACUUUGACCUCAACAACGACCCCUACCAGCUCACCAACGCCGUGUACGAGGUGGACCGUGACGUGCUCAACUCCCUUCACGCUCAGCUGAUGGAGAUGAGGAGUUGCCAAGGCUACAAGCAGUGUAACCCUCGACCUAAAGGCUUGGAUGCAGCAGCACGCAGCCAGUAUGGGACGGACGACAGGGUUAAGCUUCCCAACUUGACGGACGAGGACGUCAACUGGCAGGGACUGGAGGAUCUGUACAGCAUCAACGAAAGCCUUUACCAAUGUAGGCCCGACUACAGCCCGGGUCCCGACGACUGGGCCAACUUCCAGAAGGAUGUAGAUCACAUGUUUGCACUGCCACGCCUUUUCAACCAAUUCAACCAAACCCAAACGCCUGACGACUCCACCCUGCCCGAGCUGGGCUCCGGGGCCUGGGGCGGAGGCCUCGAAGUGGGCAGCGGGGACGAGCCGGCUCGGGGUGGUUAUGUGCCGCCCCGUUUCACCGCCACGAAGCCCAUUAAUGACCUCCCCAGGAGGCAAACGGACCCCCCCCAGAUGCCAUUGGUACCCCCCGCUCAAAACGGGGGCUGGGUGCAGCAGCAGCUGGAGGACAUGGACGGAGACGUGUUCAGCGGCAACGGGCUAACCGAGCUGGACACGCGACACGACGCUCUACUACGCACUCACAACUCCCUGCAGCCCCUCCUUCCCCGCAUGGAGGACGCCGCCCCUCACCGAGCCCCGGGUCCCAGCCUCGGCCCCAGUGUCGACGACGACGACGACGAGGAAGACAUUUUCCACGACCAGGGCUUCCUCCCUGUUUCCCCGAACGCAAUGAGGCCCAGCACCGCCUCCACCGGGAGCCCCCCCACCGCACAGACUCCAACCUCGGUGCUGGUCCCUGCCCCGCCCCUCACGUUGCUCUACGAGGGCAGCGGCGCUCAGAAUCUCUGAUGGUCGCCGUACAGAGAGAGACAGUCACAUGACCAGGUCAGUCAUUCAGACUUGUAUAAUGACUUUAAAAGCUAUCUUUAUUUUUUUACAUUAUUAUUAGCUAACAGUGUUAUGAUUUUUGUCAAAUAUAUAUAUUAUAUAUUUAGAGAAAAGCCUUAAUGCAGCUAAGUGUUGGGAGACAAAUGAGAUUAUUCCCUACGGAUAACAACGCUUUUUAAUGAGGAAUCAGUCGGUAAAAACAAACGGACCCCAAAUGCACUUUGGAUCUUUUCCCCAUAAUAAUAAUAAUAAUAAUAAUCAUCAUUUUUACCGUGUUAUUCCUCACAUGUUACAGUAUUUUUGCUUUUUCUACACUAUGAUGCUAGUUUUCCCAUGUUUUGACACUUGAAAGUAUGUGUUUGAAGAAGGGGGUGUUUGCUACAUUCACCGUCCAAAAAGUACGAAUAAACAUUCUUCCACUGAUUGGACCGCCAAAGCAACGUUGUUGAUAAAUGAUGUUGACAUAAAAACAGUAAGAUUGCCAAAAAAUGCUGAGUCAUGAGAGUGCGGUUAUGAUAAGAUGGGGUUGAGUCAAUGCUGGGAAAAGCUAAGCAAUUUUUCAUGUUACUGCAUGAUGCUACUAAAGGCCCGUGUAGCGACAUCGCUAGAAUGUUCCAACCCACUUGAGUGUGUGUGUGUGUGUGUGUGUGUGUGUGAGUGUGUGUCAGUGGUUGCUGGAAAGCCAUGAAAAUA